AUGAGAGAUAUCUAUUCUGAAACUGAGGUCUAUCAUACUUUAGAUAUAGUUGGGAAGGGCACCUUCGGGAAAGUGGCAAAAUGCUGGCGGGGAAGCGAUGGAGAACUGGUGGCGGUAAAAAGUAUGAAAAUUGAUCCUCACAAAAAUCGGGUUAUAAAAAAUGAAUUGAAACUCAUAGGCGCUCUGUCGCGGUCAACCAUUGCGAAUUGUAACAUUGUUCAGUUUUACGAGGCCUUUCGUGACGAAAGUCACCACUACCUUGUCUUUGAGUUGUUGGAAAUGAACUUAUACCAAUUCCAGAAAGAGAAUGGCUUUAGGCCUAUGGCAGUCCGCUACAUCAGAACUAUCACGUGCCAGAUGCUGAAGGCCCUUGCCAAGCUAAAGGAGAUUGCGAUAAUACAUGCUGACCUGAAACCGGAAAACGUGAUGAUCGUGAACCACUGCCGCUAUCCCUACUAUGUGAAAUUAAUAGACUUUGGUUCUGCCAGUAUUUAUAAUGAAGUUCGUUUUGUAAAGGAGCCUUACAUCCAAUCCAGGUUCUACCGUUCCCCAGAGAUCUUGCUGGGCCUGCCCUUCUGUGAGAAGGUGGACAUGUGGUCGCUGGGCUGUGUGAUGUGUGAGCUGUUCCUGGGCUGGCCUCUGUACCCCGGGGAGUCAGAGCUGGACCAGGUGCGUUACAUUUGUGAGACCCUCGGCCAGCCCCACGACAGCCUGCUCAACGCGGCCAGCAAGUCCAGCAAGUUCUUCAAGUUCCAGAAAAACAGCCGAGGCCAGAGCCAGUGGGAGCCCAGGCCAAGCAAGAGACGCCCGACCUCGGGCCAGGGGAAUGGAGGGGGUGGAGGCAGGCGCAGGAAGUACGUCUUCACCUCUCUGGACCAGUUGGUCAACCUGGAUCGGGGGUCGGAGGCGGGGCCAGGACAGGAAGGGAAGGUGUUUCAGGAGGAUGUGGCAGCAGAAGGCGUGGACAGACUGAGCAUGGUGGAUCUCCUGAAGAGGAUGCUGACCCUGGGCGUUCAUGAGAGGAUCCUGCCCUCUGACGCUCUCAAACACUCCUUCAUCACCCUGACCCACCUGGGCUCCUCCCCCGAGUUCACACACCACAGUACCGCCUCCUGCCUCGCGUACCAGCGGGCCCGUAUCCUGGAGAAGGUAACCGUGGGUGACGGGGCCGAGGGCUUCCUGUCUCAGAGGAAGUUGGAAGUCUAUCAACUGUGCCCUGAGGUUCAGCCCCUCCCCCACCACCCCAGCCAGAACCUGGCGGGCCUCCAGGACGACGAGGGGAUAGACUACAACUCCCAGCAUGCAACCAGGCCCCCCAGUGAGACGCAAACGCCCUCAGAGCUGAUGGAUGAGCUGUGCCUUGAAGAUGACAUCAGCCUGGAUGACUCCAUGGGAGUCUGGGCUAUGGAGGCCGGCUAUGACUUCUCAUCCAUGCCUGUAUCCACCUCCGAUGUCAGCUCCAGCCUCCUGCCCAGCCAGACCUCUCUCCAGAGCCAAGGCCCAGGCCGCCAUCACCGAGGCCCCAGCACGGACCACCCCGUCCUGGGCCAAGCCAACAGAGAGGACCCCCACAUGGGCCUACCUCGCUCCUUCUUCACCAGGCUGGGUGAGAACCAGCACUUACCACAGCCUGGGGCUCGCUCAUCCCGCUCCGAGCCCACCCAUGGGCUGACACAGACCCCUGAGACCGCCCACGACAGAGCAGCGGUGGCGGGGGGCUACCCCAACCCCCCUCAUGGAGGACCCGGCACCCCCCAGGACCAGGCCAGAGCCAUGGAGCAGGGAGCACAGGCAACCCAGCCAGCCAGCCACUAUGAGGGCCCAGAGGAGGUGCAGUUGCUCCAGAGCGGGGGACCCCAGGCCUGCCCCUGCCCCUGCCCCCACUGGUCCUACCCUGACUGGGCCUCGGACCUGGAGGUUGCCCCCUGCCUGACCCACGGACCUGAGUGUUGCAACCCCAACCAGCACAGCUACCUGCCCUACUGA